UCUGCUGUCAUGUGAUCCGGUGAAUCAGUCAUAUCCAUGGAGGCUGAUAGAGCCGGGAAGCACUGUAAACAACGCAAUAAUCACAAAAAUAGAUUGAUUUCACUGUCAAGACAUGGAGCAAAGUGUCAUGGCUGUUUUCAGUGAGUCGGAACGGAAUGUGUUCCGAUAGUUUAUGUACAGAAGCUUUUUGUCCGUGACUACAGAGGCCUGCUGUAGCAAUAGCAAUAGUGCAGAGGGCCCCCAUUGCAGGGGUAGCAGCGGAUAUUCAGCUAACGUUUUGUAACUAGCAUAGCUAUCUAUAAGCAUUGCUGCUAAAUUUCUGUCGCACCUCAAUAUAACAUUUCAUAAAGUCUGAGCUAUCAGUUUUCAGACUGCAAGAUGCAAGGGGAAACAGCGGCAAUACGAAUAUCUGACAGCGAAGGGAAGCUGGAUGUUUACACCCCAAAUCGGACCCCGAGCUCUGGGAGGGGAAGUUCAAAAAGCUGGCAAUACAGCGAUCACAUGGAGAAUAUUGAUGGCUAUCUGAUGAAGUACACCAACCUGGUGACCGGAUGGCAAUAUCGGUUCUUUGUGUUGAACAACGAGGCGGGGUUGCUGGAGUACUUUGUGAACGAGCAGUCCCGGCCCCAGAAGCCCCGCGGCACGCUACCCCUGGCCGGGGCGGUCAUCUCCCCCAGCGAUGAGGACUCGCACACCUUCACCGUCAACGCCAUCAGCGGGGAGCAGUACAAGCUGAGAGCCACUGAUGCAAAGGAGAGGCAGCAUUGGGUGAGCAGGCUGCAGAUCUGCACCCAGCACCACACCGAGGCCAUGGGCAAGAGUAACCCCCCCAUGAAGUCCCGCAGCUUCUCCAUGGCCUCUCAGGGUAGCGGCAGCUCUCCGCUGUCCCAGCGCCGGUCCAGCCAGAACCCCGCGUCCUUCUUCAGCCUCUCGCAGCACAGCACCGGCUCCUCCCUGUACGCCAGCAAGAGAUCCCUGCUGCCAGACCACCUGGUGGACGCGCGCGAGAUGAUGUCCCAGGCUCAGGGCCAGCACAGGGACCUGAUCCAGACCAUCGAGGGCCUGCCAGCAGCCCCCGGGCUGUCCCCUCUGGACCAGGACCUGCUGCUGCUGAAGGCCACGUCCAUGGCCACGCUCAGCUGCCUGAACGACUGCUUCCACAUCCUGCAGCUGCAGCAGGUGGCCCGGCAGAAGGGCCCUCUGGGAGGCCCGACCAUCGAGUGGCUGGGCCCCAAGCUGCCCGACAUCCUGAAGAACGGCUCCGCCCUGCCCUGCCUCGACGGGGGCGACGGCAAGACGGACGCGGCCAGCCUGGAGCGCCUGGAAGUGGAGCCCUGCGACUUCGCCAGGGAGCAGGAGGACAUAGACCCAGAAGAUGAGGUGGAGGACACCUUCACGGAUGAGGAGGACGACCUGGGAGCGGUGGAGGAGGAGAGGAGCGUUAUCCUGCACCUCCUCUCUCAGCUGAAGCUCGGCAUGGACCUCACUCGGGUGGUGCUGCCCACCUUCAUCCUGGAGAAGCGCUCUCUGCUGGAGAUGUACGCGGACUUCAUGCUGCACCCGGACCUGCUGGUGGCGGUGAGCGACGGGGCGGGGCCGGAGGAGCGCAUGGUGAGCUUCGUGGAGUACUACCUCACCUCCUUCCACGAGGGGCGGCGCGGGGCCGUCGCCAAGAAGCCCUACAACCCCAUCAUCGGAGAGAGCUUCCACUGCUCCUGGAGGGUGCCCCGCUCCCGGCCCCCGCCCGAGGGGGGCCCCCACUCCCCCGACGGCUGCCUGCUGCGCUUCGUGGCCGAGCAGGUCUCGCACCACCCCCCCGUCUCCGGCUUCUACGCCGAGUGCCCGGAACGCCGUCUGUGCGUCAACACCCACGUCUGGACCAAGAGCAAGUUCAUGGGCAUGUCCAUCGGGGUGUCCAUGGUGGGAGAGGGCUGCCUGUACCUGAUGGAGCACGGUGAGGAGUACACCUUCACCCUGCCGUGUGCCUACGCCCGCUCCAUCCUCACCGUGCCCUGGGUGGAGCUGGGGGGGAAGGUCACCGUCUCCUGCGCCAAGACGGGCUACUCUGCCGCAAUCACCUUCCAGACCAAGCCCUUCUACGGGGGCAAGCUGCACAAAGUGACGGCCGAGGUGAAACACAACAGCACCAACGCGGUGGUGUGCCGCGUGCAGGGUGAGUGGAACGGAGCCCUGGAGUUCAGCUACAGCAACGGAGACACGCGUGUGGUGGACGUCACAAAACUCCCCGUCACCAAGAAACGCGUCCGGCCCAUCGAGCAGCAGGGCCCCUACGAGUCCAGGCGUCUGUGGCAGCACGUGACGGAGUCGCUGCGUCAGAAGGACAUGGACAAAGCCACGGAGCACAAGCGCCACCUAGAGGAGAGACAGAGGACAGAGGAGCGGCACCGCACCGAGACAGAAACGCCCUGGAGGACACGGUACUUCGAGCGGGAGGGUGAAGGUUGGGUAUAUCACAAACCGCUGUGGAAAACUGCUUCAUCAAACCCUUGAAGGCAGUCUUGCGGCCCAGGUCCUUCAAAAAUAACUGUUACUAUGACCGCUUGAGUUUCAGCACGGCUACCCGGGCGAGUUCAUCUUCUCUUUUGUUUUCACAUUUAAGACACGGUCUGUCCUCCUCAAUUCACAGAAAUAUGCCACCAACGCGUGACAUCACGUGACGAAAAGCUGUCCAACUUUGUUUUGUUUUUUGUUUUGUUUUUUCGCAAAGGACAACGAAAAUCUGGACACGGUGCAUAUUUUUGUAAAUCCUGAUUGAUACUUUUGUAUAAUCGCAUAUUAAACAGUCUUAAGAUCAACAUGUAUUCUUGUACAUAUUUAGGUACUCAAGUGACGCUGCCUUAAACCUAACAGGACUGGCAGCUGAACGCAGUACCGUUUCGGUAAGCACUGAGCGUCUGGACCAGGUGUUGUUUAUAUGUUUUUCAGGGAGUUUGAGCAGACUAUGCCAUAGCCGAGCGAGGCGCCUGUGACCCGUUUAGUAAUCAGUUAUGUUUGUUUUACAUAUUUCUGUUGCACGGAGUAGCCUACAGAGAUUCCACACAGGCACAAAAAACGGGGCAAUGGCUCGCCAUCCUAUUGAGGUGGAGAAGCCAGAUCCAAAUACAUUUAUGAAUCAUCCUUGUAUCCGGAAUGACGCCGCGCUGCUUCACAUUUUAUAUACCUGCUGUUCACACUAAAUUAUAUCCUGGUAACUGUCGUCACGAGUUGACGGAAGUUUGCGCUGCUUGUAGUGACAAAAACAAACUUUGACGUUACGAUGGCGGAAAGGUAUCUUCGGCUGUUUGAUGCACAGGUUUGAUGAGUGCCCUGGACUAUUUAUUUUUUCUAUCGCAAGCUGAGGGGGUGUGCUUAUUUUGGUUCGUUUUGCAUGACGAUAUCAGAAUAAGCCGAUGAAAGAAAAAUAAAUAUUCAUUUACAUUGGGCUUAAAACGGACCAAAGUUAACUUCACGUAUUUUCAGAUCUCAUGCACAUUUGAUUCGGUAAAUACCACAGUGUACUGUUAAAUUUACCUAUCGCAUAUGUUGGUUUAAUUUGCAUUUGCGUGAAUGAAUGAGUUUAUUACGCAGACUAAUCCAUCUAUUAAUGUUUCAGGGGAUAUUUUGUGCUGCAUCUCAUGUAAUUCUAUUAUACCACUUUUUGUUACAGACCAUUAAACAUGGCAAAUAAAAAUGGCUGGAAUGUGACUUGAAUUUACUUUGAUUAUUUGCGGUGCUGGCGUGGAGUUUAGUGCUAAUAAAGGCCAAUUUCCUGGAGAGUAGCAGCAACAUAAUCUAAUGAAGGAUACAUUGACCGUUAUGAAGGUUCACAAGUUGAUUUCACAUGUUCAUGUUUUUCGUUUUAAAUCCUUACUGUAAAGACUACACCGAUUUAAUCCGCAUGUGGAAUUGAUCGAAAAAGAGUUGAGCAUCUUUCCUGUUAGUAAUGGAGUUUAUAUACUGCAAUGGAUAAGAGAAACAGUGUUCCGCAUGCGUGCGUUUUGUUUAAUGUUCGUCGGCUAGCCUCUCCCUCUGCAGCGUUGUGCCUUAAGCUAUUUUCGAGUUUUGUCUUCCAGGUUGUGAAUAUGGCAUAUCUCCCAGACGUCUUAAGUCCCCGUUUUGUCUCCUUGUCCGAGCUAUAAACGAUACCAUGACAUGGGCUUACGUACUGGUGUAGUUUUUGGUUUGGGUAUCGGUGUGGUUCGGCGCAUUCCUCGAGAAAACGGACAGAACAUCUGCUAAACGAUGAAUUGGAACUGACAUUUUUUGUUCCCAGUGCAACGAAAAGGGAGGUCACGCCGAUGCAACUUCGGAGUGGUGUUCAUGCAUAUCGACUUUGUUUUUGAAUCUUUCUGUUUGUCUUGCUAACCUGUGAAAUGCACUGACAUCUACUUUAUCACAACACUUCUUGUAGACAUAGAUAGCUAAGUGUGAUACUGAAUGAAUAAAUAACAGAUAAUCUA